GACUCGUGGGGUCCUCUCCACUUCCCGGAACCACAGAUCUCCGUCUCCAUGUCCAAGCAGCACGACGACGGAGGCGGCGGCAAGCCGGCAAGUUCCGAGCCUUCGCUCAUCUUCUCGAAGCCUCGGCCUGGGCACCGGGCGGCGAAUCGAAUGUCGGGUGAAGACGACGUGCUCCUCGCCGACGGGGGCGUGCCCAUCCGCCCCCCGCCGCUGGAGGAUGCGGGGCUCGAGGACUGCGCGCUCCCGCCGGAAUCCAUCGCCGAGGCCUUCUCCCUCGCCGCCGCGGCCGUCUCCUCCCGCCUCGCUCGCUUCCCCCUCUCCGACGACGAGGAAGACGAGGAGUACCGCAUCCCGGCACCGCGCGGAGGCGGCUGCGUGGAUGGCGAGGGACCCGCCCGCGGGGCCGUCCCCGACGCCGACGCCCUUGUCGGAGCCGGCGGCGUCACGGGCGAAGGCGGCGCGGAUGAGGUCGUGGUCGUCGGUGGAGGGCGCGGAGGCGGAUGCGAGGACGCGGUGGUGGUCGGCGGGCGCGGGGAAGAGCAGGAUGGAGUCGUGGUGGUCGGGGAAGGGCGGCGCGGGGACGAGAAGCUUGGGGAGGAGGAUGGAUGCGUCAAGGGGGUCCGGGAAGGGAUCAGUGAACCGAGCCGUGCACAAGGCGGCGGAGAGGAGGGCGAGGAGGCGGCGGAGAGGACGCCGAUCUUGGUGAUAGAUUUCGACUGAUCAGCUCGAUUGGUGACCGCUGGACUCAGCGUGGCGUCAUAGCUUGGGCCAAGGUGCGAAUUUCCUUUUAGCUGCGGUCAGAUCUUUAGCUGCUUGUUAUUUGUCUGAGUGUAAUAGACGAGAGCUUGUGAAAUGCCUAGCAUUAGCGGCAUCUGGCUUAAUAGUUACUACUAAUGGUUUGUGCCUUACUGAUGUUUCUUGGUCAUUACGCUCCUGUUUUAUUUUUGCACACUGAUGUGAGUAGGUGAUUGAAAUGGAAUGAUGAUGGAACCACUGAUCCAACGACCGUGACAGAUCAAAAUAAUUUGGCUGAAAGAACUUUCUUGUGCACAAUGACAAUAUAUUAUGUGUGUAGUACUUUUUUUUUUCUGGUCAAAUAAACUUAGUUAUCUCUUUUU